UAGGUAAACCAAAAACCGUCCGUUUGCUGUACUCAUUAUUUACGUUAUAUGUUGUUUCUAUAUCUUGUAUUUCCGUAUUUGUUUAUGUUAUGUUACCCAACAACCACAAGAGAAGAGAGAGUUAAGUAUAGUAGGCCAUGAUGUAAAAAAAUAUAAAAAAUGACAGUUAAUUGACGUUUAUCGAUCAACGUCACCAUCACACAUGUCCGGUCGGCCUCAAAUCUCUCUUGCCGUUAUCAAGUUUAAUUUAGAUAGGUAUACAUUUUAAUUUAGAUAGUAAGUAGUCAUUGCACGUGACGUGACGGACUUGUCGUCAGUGGACAUUUAUUUAAAUUAAGAAAUAUCCAUAGUUCAUAGGUUAUUUUCAGUACAAGUUCGUAUUAGGUUCUUUCACCGAUAUGGCUCCUGCAGCUACAGCAUUAAAAAUUCAACCUGAUGAAGACCCUAUUGGCAUCAGAGCAGUGCUCCUUGGGCCACCCGGCUCCGGCAAGGGAACUCAGGCACCCCGCCUGAAAGAGAAGUACUGUGUAUGUCACUUAUCUACCGGCGAUAUGUUGCGCGCCGAGGUGGCGUCGGGCUCCGACCUCGGCCGCCGCCUCAAGAAGGUCAUGGAUGAAGGCAAGCUGGUAUCCGACGAAAUGGUUGUUGACAUGAUUGAUAAGAACCUGGACCAGCCUGAAUGUAAGAACGGGUUCCUGCUGGAUGGUUUCCCCAGAACUGUGCCGCAAGCACAAAAGUUGGAUGACUUGCUGGCGAAGAGAAAGACUGAACUGGAUGCAGUGAUUGAAUUCAGCAUCCAAGACAGCUUGCUGGUCCGCAGAAUCACUGGCCGUCUGAUCCACACGCCUAGUGGACGGAGCUAUCAUGAAGAGUUCCAUCCUCCCAAGAAACCCAUGACUGAUGAUGUUACUGGAGAACCCCUGAUCAGGAGGUCUGAUGAUAAUGUUGAUGCUCUGAAGAAACGUCUGGCCACAUAUCAUUCACAGACCGUGCCGCUGGUGGACUACUACUUAAGGAAAGGCCUACAUUACAGAGUAGACGCCUCGCAGGCGGCCGAUACUGUUUUCAGUAAGAUUGAUAACAUUUUCAAGAGCCGCAUUUUCAGCAGAUUGCGGGCAUCUCAAUAAACAAUCAAUUUCUUUUUAAGUAAAAGUGGGGAUUGAUUUGUGGUACAAAUCUUUAGAUUCCAUUCUACGAAUUUGUGAUCAUUUGGUGAAUGUUGUUUGUUUUUGAGAAACUUUCUAUACAUGUUUACUUUAGAGAUACUAUUUUUCUUGGACAAAUACAUGAAAAUGCAACAGUGGAA